AUGGAGGCUGUCAAGCUUUUGAAGGAAGACGAAGUCAUUGGAAUGCCUACAGAGACUGUUUACGGAUUGGCAGCUAACGCCUUAUCGGAAAUUGGUAUCUCAAAGAUCUAUUCGGUCAAAAAUCGACCUCAAGAUAAUCCGCUUAUUGUCCAUGUAUCAUCCUUGUCUAUGCUGGAAAGCAUCAUGCCUGACAAUCGCAUCCCCCCUAUCUAUCUUCCACUUUUGGAAAAACUGUGGCCCGGUGCCCUUACUAUCAUUGUUCCCAAAGCCGACAUUAUACCUUCUGCCAUCACUUGCGGGCAACCUACUGUUGCCAUUCGGUUUCCGUCUCACCCUGUUGCUCGCGCAUUGAUCGAGCGUUGUGGAUUUCCCAUCGCCGCUCCUUCAGCUAAUUCCUCGGGAAAGCCAUCGCCUACGCUUGCAUCUCACGUUAUGGACGAUCUCAAUAAUCGUAUUCCGCUGAUUUUGGACGGAGGUCAAUGUGAUUUUGGCGUUGAAAGCACCGUAUUGGAUGGGCUAAGGAAUCCACCCGCUAUCCUUCGACCAGGAGGCUGCACCUAUGAAGACAUACAAAAGCUUCCAGGUAUGGAGAAACUUCAAGUGUAUCGAAAGCACUUUGUCGACAAGCAAUUGGAGAUGAUGCCCACUACACCUGGCAUGAAAUAUCGCCACUAUUCCCCUGAAGCAGCUGUUGUGCUCUUUGAACACCCCGUAGAUGGAAGUAAUGGCCGCGAUACAGUUGCUGCCAUUCAGAAGGAGAUCGACCGAUUGAUAGAAGCUGGGCAGCAGAAUCUCAAGGUGGGCGUGUUGCAUACUAGUGACGAGUUUCAAGAUUUAAGCGACAACAAGGCUCAAAUCAUCAGCCAGCAGAUGGGUAGAGCUAGCCAUCCAGAAGAAGUAGCUAAGGCUAUGUUUGUUGGAAUUAGACAUUUAGACUCGCAAGGAGUAGACUACAUUUUUAUAGAAGGCAUAUCGGAAGACCGUGAAGGCAUGGCAGUGAUGAACCGUUUGAGGAAAGCUGCCUCAACCAUCAUUCAGCUUUAA